CCACGAACAAGAGUCGAAUGCACAGCCAACUAUAUUCCAACCACUGACCACGAAAAUAAAAGCCCAAGAUCAAGGAAGAACAACCCUCAUUUUAUCGGCAAUGCAGCCAUCAGGCUUGCUUCACAUGUACCCCCUCGCCCUCCUUACACUCUUCCCCAACAUCACCUAUGCCUGGUCCCCCUCAGACCACACAUGCCACUCCUCCUCCCUCUGCCUCAACAGCUUCCGAUGGUGCGACCCCACAGGCCAGGACUGUGCACCCCACCGCCCAAUGUGUUCCCACAAACCGCGACAGGGCAGCGCGGCCGAGCAGUUCCCAGUCUGAUUUGGGAUCGCGAAUAUGAGAUUACUUGGAAGAGCGAGUUGGAAGAUGAUGUGGUUACUAUUCAGUGGUGGAUGUUGGAUGCGCUGGAUGUGAAUGAGAGCCAUGGGAAUGGAACAAGGUAUAGGGAGCAUCUGUCCAAUGGGCUCAGCGGGAGGGUUGUUUGGGAGUAUAGUAAGAUUGUUCACAUGCUGCAAAAAAAGGGGGAAAAGGCCUACACAGACUGACCGUGUAUUUGCACGCAACAGACCAAACAACCCCCUCGCAACGUUACACAUUUCGUCCUUCCCUUUCGCUCUUCCCCAAUCCCCUUGCCCCCAACAUCUCGGCACCCCUUGCCCGCUCCCUCGCCCUCACUAGCCAAACGUACCUUGCCAUCCUCCAACGCGGUUCU